AUGUUGGACUAUGCGCUUGCGCAUCGAGAGGCCGUAGAUGCUGUUACGCAACGGCGGGACUUAGGUUUACGAAAGUAUGAGUUGGAGGACACCAAGUGGGUGAUACUACAGCAAUUGUGGGAUGUACUUAAGGACGCCACACUUUACUUCUCGCAUGCAACACCCAACCUUGCGAUGGUGAUCCCAGCCAUGGAUCACGUCGACAAGAUGCUCACCUCCUAUUCCCAAAACAAGAAGUAUCUGCCCUCAAUUUGUUCGGCAGUUCAGCUGGCAACAAACACACUCAACCAGUACUAUCAGCUUACCGACAAGUCUCGCACAUAUCGAAUCUCGAUGGUGUUACAUCCCCAACAUAAGCUGGCAUACUUUAAGGCGGCACAUUGGGAAGACAGCUGGAUCAAGACUCCGGAGCAACUCGUGUGUGAAGAGUUUGAAUGA